GUGGCUACGGUCUCGACUCCCUAUAUUUCAUGACCCGACGGAGGGCAUUUUCAGUAUUCUACAUACUCGCUGAAACCCAACCCAUCUCCCCCAAGACACCCCGGAGCUCAUUUCGGAGAAAUGGAGAGAGGGUUACUGUGACUGAUUGCAUCCCCUCUCUCUUUCUCUCUCUUCCUUCUUCUUCCUCCUCUUCUCUCCUUCUCUAUAUCCCCUCUUCUCUGCAAAUCCCCAAUCUUUGACGAUCCAAUCGAUCGAUCUCUCGCAGGAAUACACUUAGUUGGCCAUCGUUAGCGGGAUCUCAUUUUCUGAAUUUCUGCCUGUUCUUCGAUUCCAGUGACAGAUCCAGUGUCUUACUUUGCUAUAGGGUCAAGUAAUACGCGUUAUGGAUUCGUGGAGAGGCCAUAGAACUGGUUUAUCUGGCUUCGUUUUCCUACUCCUCGUUUCCACUGUUCUGUUGGGAUUCUCACCCGUUUCUGCUCAGGAAGUUGAGUCUGAGGCGGGAACUCGCCAGGACCUCUCCAACGGAUCUGGUAAAGCACUGAGCCGCCGUAGCAAAAUUUUUGUAGACCACCAGAUCGGCGAUCAGAAUGACCCUCAGUUACUUGAUCUCACUCAAAUCCCGGAAUCUUCUGGUCUUGGGAUUUUCGAUGCUUUCUUUGCAAGUUUGUCAAUGAUCAUUGUCAGUGAGAUUGGAGAUGAGACAUUUAUAAUAGCGGCACUUAUGGCAAUGCGACACCCCAAAUCAAUUGUUCUAUCAGGUGCUCUCAGUGCACUAUAUGUGAUGACAGUGCUUUCCACUGGGCUUGGGAGAAUCGUGCCAAAUCUGAUAUCAAGGAAGCAUACCAACAGUGCAGCAACAGUUCUAUAUGCAUUUUUUGGGAUGCGGCUUCUUUACAUUGCUUGGAGAUCUGUUGAUUCAAAGUCAUCACAGAAGAAGGAAAUAGAAGAAGUAGAGGAGAAACUCGAAGGAGGGCAAGGGAAAACAACUCUUCGCCGUUUCUUUUCAAGAUUUUGUACACCGAUCUUUUUGGAGUCGUUUAUUCUAACAUUUCUAGCAGAGUGGGGUGACCGUAGCCAGAUAGCAACAAUAGCUCUGGCGACCCACAAAAAUGCUGUUGGAGUUGCCGCAGGAGCCUCAUUAGGGCACACGUUGUGCACGUCAAUUGCGGUAGUUGGGGGAAGUAUGCUGGCAUCCAAGAUCUCACAACGCACAGUUGCUACUGUUGGGGGCCUACUGUUUCUUGGCUUUUCCCUGACUUCAUACUUCUAUCCUCCAUUAUAACAAUGAUUUUGUAUAUUAAGUUUAUUCAUUUUAUAGCAGAAUGAUUUCCUCA